AUGGUUGCCAUCACGUCCCUCCUGACCACCCUCUUCAUGGUCGCCGGCAUCGCCAGUGCAAAGCCAGUGCCCAAGACCGCUGAGCAGCCCGUAGUUACCUACCUAGGCACCCAAGGACCCAUCCUGUCAAGCGGGGCAUGGACGUCCAAGGGCAUAGUCUACACGUCAGGGACCGUGCCCAGCUUCAACGGGAGUAUUGUUGCUGGCGGAAUCGAAGCGCAGACAGCGCAAGUCAUCAAGAACAUUGGCGCGGUGCUCGAGGAGGCCGGCACGUCGUGGGACUACGUCAUGAAGACCACGGUGUUCCUCGCCAACAUGAGCGACUACACCGCCAUGAACGAAGUCUAUGGCUCCAUGCUGCCCUCGCCCAAGCCCGCCCGUACCGCGGUGGAAGUCGGAAAGCUCCCUGGCAACUUCUUGAUCGAGAUUGAGGCCAUCGCCGCCAUUCCAGACUCGUAG